AUGGCAGAGGAUGCAAAUGCGCGGCCUCCACAUUCUCCACGAACAGCGGGCAUCAUUCAACAUUUUGAACGUCAAGUAAUGUUGCACACAGAUGCUCUCAACGAAGAUGUUCAAGUAACCAAUGAGUGCAUUGGUCAAUUAGAAACAGCACAAAUUGUUGCCAACAACACAUUGACCACAUUGGAACAAACACUAGCUGCUACUAACACCUCUCUUGCAGCAAUUAUUACACGAUUAGAUAGGAUGGAACAAUUUGGGCGUGAAGGAAGGCAACAAGGUGAUAAUGACGGCAUCGACGACACCAACGGCGCGAUCGUCAUGGCAUGGGUGGUCGACCUCCACGACGUGAGGCAAGGUAACAAAUCUAUUGAGGAGUACUAUCAAGAAUUACAAAUAGGCAUGCUAAGAUGUGGUAUGGUAGAAAAUGAAGAGGCUGCAAUGUCUAGGUUCGUGGGUGGUUUGACAAGAGAAAUUCAAGAUAUCUUAGCUUACAAGGACUACAAUAACAUUACUCGAUUAUUCCAUUUUGCUUGUAAGGCUGAAAGAGAAGUGCAGGGACGACGCGUGAGAGCUAAUACUUAUGCAGGUCGCAAUACAUCAUGGCAGCCCCGCACUAGUGCUGCUAGCACUAACCAUGAUUUUCAGGGAGAUGUUUCCAACCGGUCAUCCACAACAACAUCGAAAUCAGCACCUUCUCGUGCUAUUGAGACAGGGAAAGCAUCCUCCCAAGCUACAGCCAAAUCAUCUUCUAUUGCUUCCACAGGAAGAACAAAGGACAUCCAGUGCCUCCAAUGUAAAGGAUUUGGGCACAUCCGAAGGGACUGCCCAAGCAAGCGUGUGCUAAUUAUAAGAGAAAAUGGUGAGUACUCAUCAGCCAGUGAUUUAGAUAAUGAUACAUAUGCCAUGCUUGCUGCCCAAGAUGCAGAAAAGGAGAAUGAUGAUGUAGAGCACAUUGGGGCUGCAUAUGCUGAACACUAUGAGAGCCUGGUUGUAAGACGUGUCUUGAGUGCCCAAAUUAUUAAAGCUGAACAAAACCAGCGACACAACCUGUUCCAAACUAAAUGUGUAGUUUUGGAACGAUCUUGUCGUAUUAUAAUUGAUGGAGGAAGCUGUAACAACUUAGCAAGCACCACCAUGGUAGAGAGGCUUGGGCUGAAAACGCUUCCACAUCCACACCCCUACUACAUCCAAUGGUUCAACGACAGUGGUAAGCUUAAGGUAACACGUAUGGUCCGUGUGGAAUUUACAAUUGGUUCAUACCAUGAUUAUAUUGAUUGUGAUGUGGUACCCAUGCAAGCUUGCUCUAUGUUAUUUGGUAGACCAUGGCAAUUUGAUAAGGACACCGUGCAUCAUGGUAAAACAAAUCAAUACUCUUUUAUGCAUAAUGAGAAGAAGCUUGUUUUGCACCCUAUGUCCCCCGAUGCUAUCUUGAAAGAUGAAGUUGCUAGAGCAUGCAAAGAGAAAAACAAAUCUGUUCAUAAUAAAAAUCUAGAUGUUACAAAGGAAUUGGUACAACCUAAGAGUGAUAAUUCUAAAUCUGCUCAUGUAAGGAAAAAUGAAAUACAACUGAAAAGUGCUUGUUUCCUUGCUUCCAAAUCUGAUUUACUUGAAUUAAACGAUGUUGAUUCAAUCUGCUAUGUGUUUAUAUGCAAGGAUGCUUUGUUCUCACUUCACAACAUACCAUCUACUUUGCCUUCUACUAUCACUAAUCUUUUGCAGGACUAUGCUGAUGUAUUUCCAAAAGAAGUGCCACCUGGGCUGCCACCGAUAAGAGGAAUUGAACAUCAGAUUGACCUCAUCCCAGGGGCUUCCUUGCCAAACCGAGCGCCAUACAGGACGAACCCAGAAGAAACCAAGGAGAUUCAGCGACAAGUACAAGAAUUGCUCGAUAAAGGGUCAGGCGAGGGGCAAAUGGUUGUUGUCCCGCCUGCGGUGGCAACCACGGCGUCUACCGCGGUGGUCAAGGCGAAGGGUAGCGCUUUCUGCGCAAGCGGCGAGAUCUCGUCGGCCGCUGCCGUCAAGGGCGAGGCGGGCACCAUGUCCCGCCGGCUGAGGGAGAUGGAGCGCGCCGAGGACGUCGAGGACUUCGGAAGUCUAGCCGACGUGCCGCCCAAGGCUACGGAGGGCAAACCGGUGCUGCCCUCGGAUGCUGGUGAAGGCCCAUCGGAUGCGCCCGUGCCUGCUGCUGCCGGCGAGGACCCUGUGUUGGCCGCUGUGCCGACAGCCGAAGGCGCCUAG